AUGAAUUUUGAGGACGUGGCCAUUGCAUUCGCUCAGGAGGAGUGGGAGAUCCUUGAUGAGGCCCAGAGACGUCUGUACUGUGAUGUGAUGCUGGAAGUGUUUUCACUUGUAUCAUUCGUAGGUCCUUGGCGUAAGAUGGAUGAUGUGGAGGCCUACUCUCAGCACAGUGUAUCCUUAGGAGAUUCUCAGCUCAGGGCUUCCAGGACAGCUACAGCCACCCAGAGGACCCAUCUGUGUAAGCCGUGCUUCUCAGUGUUAAAAGAUAUUUUGCACCUGAGUGAGUUACAAGUGGUUUACUUUGAGAAGAAUGUGUUCUUAAGUGAUGCAUGUUUGAGAGACUUGUGUUUCAGCGCAAACCCGCACCAGCAACAGAAGGAUGCCAGUGGAGAGAAGCCCUGGAAAGAAGAUAUGGAGAGUGCCUUGCUUGUGAGGAGUUGCUGUUUCUAUUUAUCUGGGAUGCCUGCAGCUAGCAUGGAGGCUGGGGAAGACUCCCCAGCCAUCUCAGGGCUUCUCCAGCACCAGGCCACUCUUAACACUAAAGAGCCACACAGUAACAAUGAGAUUUCACAGGAAUUUCUCAGUGGAAAAAGACAUCACCAGUGGGUGGAAUGUGAAAGAGCUGACAGCCAGAAACAGAAAGUUGCUUAUCAGAAAGGUCUCUGUUCUGGAGAUAUGAUUGAUGAGUAUAAUAAAUGUGGGGAAGUGUGUAGACAAAUGUUUCACCACCCUCCACAUGGGAGAGUUCACAGUGGAGAAAAGCCUUAUGAGUGCAGUGAAUGUGGGAUAUCCUUUCGUCAAAAGUGUUACCUCAUUGUACACCAAAGAGUUCACACUGGAGAAAAGCCAUAUGAGUGUAGCGAAUGUGGGAAGCAUUUCAGAGAAAAGGGUGCCCUCACUAAACACCACAGUGUUCACACUGGAGAAAAGCCAUAUGAGUGCAGUGAAUGUGGGAUAUCCUUUCGUCAAAAGUGUCACCUCACUGUGCACCAAAGAGUUCACACUGGAGAAAAGCCAUAUGAGUGUAGCGAAUGUGGGAAGCAUUUCAGAUUAAAGGCUGCCCUCACUAAACACCACAGAGUUCACACUGGAGAAAAGCCAUAUGAGUGUAGUGAAUGUGGGAAGCAUUUCACUGAAAGGGCUGAACUCACUAAACACUACAGAGUUCACACUGGAGAAAAGCCAUAUGAGUGUGGCGAAUGUGGGCUAUCCUUUCGUCAGAGUUCUCACCUCACUAAACACCAAAGAGUUCACACUGGUGAAAAGCCAUAUGAGUGUAGUGAAUGUGGGAAGCAUUUCCGUGAAAGGGCUGCCCUCACUAUACACCACAGAGUUCACACUGGAGAAAAGCCAUAUGAGUGUAGCGAUUGUGGGAAACAUUUCAGAGUAAAGGCUAACCUCACUGAACACCGCAGAGUUCACACUGGAGAAAAGCCAUAUGAGUGUAGUGAAUGUGGGAAGCAUUUCAGUGAAAGGUCUACCCUCAAUAAGCACCACAGAGUGCACACUGGAGAAAAGCCAUAUGAGUGUAGUGAAUGUGGGAAGCAUUUUAGUGAAAGGUCUAUCCUCAAUAAGCACCACAGAGUGCACACUGGAGAAAAGCCAUAUGAGUGUAGUGAAUGUGGGAAGCAUUUCAGAGAAAAGGCAGCCCUCACUAUACACCAAAGAGUUCACACUGGAGAAAAGCCAUAUGAGUGUAGCAAUUGUGGGAAACAUUUCAGAGAAAAGGCUACCCUCAUUAACCACCGCAGAGUUCACACUGGAGAAAAGCCAUAUGAGUGUAGUGAAUGUGGGAAGCAUUUCAGUGCAAGGUCUGCCCUCAGGAAACACCACAGAGUUCAUACUCGAUAA